UAAAGUCAGGGUAACAGGAAAUGCAUUAGAAACGCGGAAAGAAGAAAACAUUCGUCUGUGGACCUUAAAUCUACCUUCAGCAGGACAAAUAAUCACCGCCGCGGGACUACAGAGAAAAUACGUAAUAUAACACCAUGCCGAGGAAGAGGGACAUUGUUAAAAGUGGCGCUCCUAUUAACAGGAUCAGAGAAAACACCAGACUUAUGCGCACACAUGAAACUAUGGUAGAUUUCAUAAAUGGACGUCAUCCUGGGACCUCUUUCCUGGAUGUCUUUUCUUCGGGAUUAUUCGGUUUAGAUUUUUUAAGGAACCUUGAAGGAGAAUUGGAGGACGACAUCAUAUAUUCAGACGAAGACGACGACGAUGAUCGUUUUUAUUCACGCAGAGCUGCUCACAAGAAGCUAGAACCACAUCCACGAAUAAAACAGCUCACUGAGGAGGAGGCUGAUAGACAUGCAAAGGAAUUAAUAGAAGAAGAGGAACGACGAAAGGAGAAAACUGAGAAGAACAAGCGUAAAAAAAUGCGUAAAAAAGAAAAGAAACGGUUAGAAAAGGAGAAUGCUGUUAAAGUCGUUUUACCUGAGGAAGAAAAUGGAAAGUCAGACUCCUCCGAGAAUCAAGAAGAACAACACACUGUAAUUGAAAGUGAUGCAGAAGAUAAGAAAUCUCCCGAAUCUGGUAAAACACAAAAUGGAACGGAGGCGUCUGGAUGUAAUGAGAGCGGCGGUAAUCAAAAAGAAGAAAAUGUUGCAGAGAUGAUUAAAAAAGAUGUGGAGCAAAAGGUUUUGGAUUUAAAUAAUUCAUGUCCUUCUACAACACAAUCGGUGCCCGAGGAGACGUGUAACCAAAAACCUGUGAGAGAAAAAUCAAAAUUACUGGAAGUUCAGCCGUUCAAGGAAGAAAAGCCAGAAGUUGUUGAGAAACCUGAAGUUCAAAAGAUGGAAGAAGAGAAACAUGAACCCAAUAACGAGGUGAGAACCCUGGAUUUAAAUAAAAAUUAUUUUCCUUGUUUUCAACAAUAUAGCAACUGCAGUACAAUCAGUGUGGAAAACCAAAAUAUUAAAGCUCGCAUGCUUUCUCCUUUUUUGUACACCCACAACUCCCACCAGAGAAACUGA